CACGCACGCGCACGGGCUGGCGGAGCGCGCCGAGCGGGGUGCACCGCGCGGGUGCAGCCACGAUGGAAGGGGGUGCGUACGGAGCGGGCAAAGCCGGGGGCGCCUUCGACCCCUACACCCUGGUCCGGCAGCCGCACACCAUCCUGCGCGUCGUGUCCUGGGUGUUCUCCAUCGUGGUGUUCGGCUCCAUUGUGAAUGAGGGCUACCUCAACAGCCCCUCAGAGAGCGAGGAGUUUUGCAUCUACAACCGCAACCCCAAUGCCUGCGGCUACGGCGUGACCGUGGGCGUGCUUGCCUUCCUCACCUGCCUGCUCUACCUGGCCCUGGACGUGUACUUCCCACAGAUCAGCAGUGUCAAGGACCGUAAGAAGGCCGUCCUGUCCGACAUCGGCGUCUCGGCCUUCUGGGCCUUCCUGUGGUUCGUGGGCUUCUGCUACCUGGCCAACCAGUGGCAGGUCUCCAAGGACAGCCCGCUGAACGAAGGGACAGACGCGGCCCGGGCUGCCAUCGCCUUCUCCUUCUUCUCCAUCUUCACAUGGGCGGGCCAGGCUGUGCUGGCCUUCCAGAGGUACCAGAUUGGCGCAGACUCGGCCCUCUUCUCCCAGGACUACAUGGACCCCAGCCAGGACUCCAGCAUGCCUUACGCCCCCUACGUGGAGCCCAGCACCGGGCCAGACCCCGCCGGCAUGGGUGGCACCUACCAGCAGCCGGCCAGCGCCUUUGAGCCCGAGCCCCAGGGCUACCAGUCACAGGGCUACUGAGCCACAGUGACCGCCUGCCCCCCGCCUGCCUGUGACCUGCCCCAGCUGCCCCCUGCUCCCCUUCACACCCGGCCCCCUUCUCCCUCCCAGGCUGCCCUACCCGGUCCCUCCAGGUGGUUCCACUGAGGUCCAGGGCAGCUCGGGUGGGAUGGGGCAGUGAGGUGUUGGGGGGGUAUCCACAUGUGUGUGCAGGUGUAUCCAGCAGGGCCCUGGGGUGUUUGCAUUCAUUCCUUGUGUCUUCGAGCGUUCGUUGAGCACCUACUGUAUAUCAGGCCUGUGCUUGGCAUGAGUGCUGAAAGACAAAUGGUCCCUGGAAAUGGGGAAGAGGAGAUGUGGAGGAGGCCCUACUGGUACCAGAAGUAGGAAUGGAGAGAAAACUAGACUGGGAGGAUGCUGGGAAGGUUUGGCUGCAGGGUGUGAGCACCCACAGGACACUGGGGGCUGUCACCUGCUAGGAGUGAUACAACCGCCCUGCUAGGAGUGUUGGCCUGUCUCCAUUUUAUGGCUGAGGAAACUGAGGCCUGGAGAGGUCAAGGUCACUCGCCCAGGGUCACUCAGGUAGCCAGUGAUAGAGAUGGGGCCAAGCCCAGGCCCCCUGACUGCAGAGCACCUGCUGUCCCCUGGCCUUCCCACCAUCCCCCCUCCCCAAGCUGGGGGCUCCACCGCUCAGUGCUACCGUCACUCUGGGAGGGCUUGGGGACCUCAGCCCAUGAGACACCCUGAUUCUGCUGCAAGCCAGGGGCCUGCUCUUCCCAGACUGUUCCCUCAAGUGGGACAGCCCUGCCUCCAGGCCCCUCUCCCCACAUCCCGCCAGCCCCUCCCCUGGCAGCCUCCCAGGAGGGCGGGCCUGGCUCCCAUGUGCUGCUCCGUGCUGUGCGUAUCCCGCCAGGAGCUCCAGCACGCCUUUGUGGCCUCCUGGCGACUGACCACUGUCCCUGCCUCUCGGAGGGGCUCGCUAUGUCCCUGCCCGGGGCUGAGUGGACAAGGAGGCCUGGAUGGGGAGCACGUCGCCCAAGGUUACAGUGAGUGAGUGGCAGGGCUGGGCUUGCUACCUGGUCUCCUUGGUCCCAGCUACCUAGCAGGUGCCCCAUUCCCUGCCCUUGUGACCUCCCAGGAAACAGAACUGAUCUGGGACACUGUGUCAUCUUCCCUCAUUUGGGGUCAGCCAGGGUCCCAGGGGCUGGGACAGCCAAGCCAAAGCCUUCCAGAAGGCCUGCCAACGGCCGGUCUCCCUAUGGGAAGACGGGCUCUAGACCCAGCAAGAUGAACGGUGAGAGCCCCUGGGGCGUGGAAGGCUCCGGGAGGCCACAGGCUGUAGGGGAGAGGGUGGCAGGUGUCCUCAAAGGCACAGGGAGGGUUGUGGGGGACAGGGAGGGACUCUUACACAACGUGGGCUCUCUACUGAGCCUUAAGGGUUGGGGAGGCCUUGAAGAGGGGAGAGGUGUGGGGAGACCUGGGGCCCAGCGUCCACCAGCCAGUGCCUCGGAAAGCAGGGCACUGGGAUUGCAGGUCAGCACGGUGCUGGGUGUUCCCACCACCAGCCCCCACGAGAACCCUAAGGGGCAGGUAAUAUUUGUUCACUUGCCUGUUGAUUCGGCAGUUAUGGGGCAUCUGUGCUGGGAAUAUAGAGGGUGGGGUCCCUGCCCUCAAGGAGCUGACAGUCGUCAGAGGUGAGCAUUAAACCGACAGCUGUAUCCAGGGUCCAUUACAGGGGUGAGGCGCUAUGCGAGUGCAUGACGGGCUGUGGCUCCCCAAGGAGGGGCCCUGAGGAUGGGCAGCAGUUAGCUUGGCAAUGAGGGAAGGAGAGGAAAUUUCCUAGGCAGAGAAGUAGCAUCGUUGUCCCCACUUAAGGGGAAACUGAGGCUCAGCACGUGAAUUAGCAGUGGAGCAUGGAUCAGGUCUGGUCAAGUCCUCCCAAGGGGCAGUGGUGACGGGAGAGGACCCCAGGCAGCCAAGUGACAGCUGCUUGUUGCUGACUUCAGUUUUCCACAUCUGGGGAAGGGGCUCUAUCUAUGGUUCUCUCCCCCUGGGUGGCCCAAGUGGGGACAGGAUGGGGCUCUGGUAUCUGCCAGGUUGAGCAGUGGAACCGGUACCAGAGCAGCGGUUUGCGAAAAAGGUAAGGGUGGGAGUGGGUGUGUUUCUGGCAGAGAGAAGCUCUGUGCCCACAUAGCAUUCUAUGAGAAGUCCUCUCCCUCACCCACUCCCCACCAAAAACAUCCCUUGCUGACGGGCACCAGGAGACCCCAGGGUGCUGCCCAUCUCUUCCCCUGGGCACCGACCAGCUUCUGGUGAUGCUGGGCUAGAGGGCAGGGUACCAUUUAAACUUAACCCGGUCGCUGGGUGUUUAUUACAGACUCUACCUGCCACCCCAGAAUGGGAAAAUUUACAAGGCCCUGCCAGGAUUGGGGGUUGCUGAAUCAUCUCUCAGCAUUCCCCACUAGUCCUGGGGUGCUGCCCAGACAGGGUCCCGUGGUCAGGCUGUGCUGCCGUGGGGUUGAGAAACAGUAGCAGAGAUUUGCAGGGCGGGAAUUGAUUGAGACCCAGGGCUCCUGACUCCCCUGCUGAGUGGUUGGUGGGGAAGCCCUGCUCCUUCUGUUGGCUGAGGACAGCCCCCUGGGAGCCCCAAGCUUAGAGCCUGUGCUCACAGGCCAGCGGUAUCCCCUUUUCCCUCCCUGCUGCCCCCCUCUGCCUCCCCCUUGCUUCCAAGCCCUUCCUUGGAGAAGGGCACCCCUGCAGCCCGACCUUGCUGAGUUUGGGCUCCCUCCUCCCGUCAAGCGCAAGAGAGGGCCAAGGAAAACUGGGUUCCACACAAGUUUAGAGCUGCACGGACACUUAGGGGUGGUAGAGUCUGGGCCAGGAAGACAGUGACUUGUCCAAAGUCAAGCACAGAGCCAGAGGUUCGGGAUCCAGGUCUCCUGUCUCCGAGUUGACACUCAUCCUGCUCCAUCACAGGCAUCUGGUCCACCUGGGUGUGUAACAAUUGAGGGACUAACUCCCAGGGUGCUGGUAUCUGCUCCCCACUCCACCCUUCCCUGGUGGUUCUUGAUCUUCGAAGACUGUUGGGGGUCCCAGGCUUCCCCCCACGUUACCCCCCGGGAGCCCCCAACCUUGGCCCAAGACCCCUUUGAUUCUCUAAGGAGCAGAAAGGGGGAGCUGCCUCCCAAGAGUUUGUGGGAGGAUGGACUUGUCCAUCCGUCUCCCAGCGCUGCCCCUUGAUGUGACGCUCGCCAUCCCCUGGUGCCCACAGCCCUUGUCUGGGUGCCCUGGCCCUUCCCGCAGCGUUACUGCCUGUGUAUAGUAUAAAUAUAUAUAUUUUCUAUAUAUAAGAUGUAUAAUAUAAGGCUCCACAAAUAUAUCUCUGUGCGUGUGUGUGUGCAGUGAAUGGCAGUCCCCAUCCUGGGCCCCCACUCUGGACUCCCCCACCACCUGGCUAAGUCUCUCAAGAGUGAAUCCAGUGUGGCCCCAUGGCACCCUCCUCUAUGACAUCUGUCCAUUUGUGGUGAACCAAGUGAAGGUGGUGACUUCUGGUGACAUAGUAAUAAAAUGAAGACUCCAAACCCACCAGUG